GAGGCGGAGGGGCGGACAGGGGCGGGCACCGGGGCCAGCCCGACCCCUCCCUCCCCCUGCCGGCAGGUCGCAGCGGGGACGCCGCGGCGGGGCAGCCGGGAGGGGCCGCGCCGCCCCAGAGAGUCAUUGGCGGACCCGGUGGCCCGAAGCUGAUAAAUAAGGGCCUGGCCGGAGGCUGCUGGCCAAGUUGGACGUCGCGACCCAAGUGAGGGCCAGGUCAGCGCCGGCCCCACGAGGCGAAGCCAAGUGACCCGCGUUCGGCCAUGGCCUCGCUGCUGGGAACCUACCCGUGGACCGAGGGACUGGAGUGUCCCGCCCUAGAAGGCGAGCUGUCGGAUGGGCUGUCGCCGCCCGCCGUUCCCCGACCUUCAGGGGACAAGGGUUCGGAAAGCCGGAUCCGGCGGCCCAUGAACGCCUUCAUGGUGUGGGCCAAGGAUGAGAGGAAACGUCUGGCAGUGCAGAACCCGGACCUGCACAACGCGGAGCUCAGCAAGAUGCUGGGAAAGUCAUGGAAGGCGCUGACACUGUCACAGAAGAGGCCCUACGUGGAUGAGGCAGAGAGGCUGCGCCUGCAGCACAUGCAGGAUUACCCCAACUAUAAGUACCGCCCGCGCAGGAAGAAACAAGGCAAACGCCUCUGCAAGCGCGUGGACCCCGGCUUCCUCCUGAGCUCCCUCUCUCGUGACCAGAACGUGCUGCCUGAGAAAAACGGCAUUGGCAGGGGGCCCCUGGGGGAGAAGGAGGACAGGGGUGAGUACUCCCCAGGGGCCACCUUGCCUGGACUGCACAGCUGCUACCGCGAAGGUGCAGCUGCUGCCCCUGGCAGUGUGGACACGUAUCCCUACGGUCUGCCCACACCUCCAGAGAUGUCGCCCCUGGAUGCGCUGGAGCCGGAGCAGACCUUCUUCUCAUCCUCAUGCCAGGAGGAGCAUGGCCACCCUCAUCAUCUCCCCCAUCUACCAGGGCCCCCUUACUCACCGGAGUUCACGCCUAGUCCCCUCCACUGCAGCCACCCUUUAGGUUCUUUGGCCCUUGGCCAAUCCCCAGGGGUUUCUAUGAUGUCCUCUGUUCCUGGAUGCCCCCCAUCUCCAGCCUACUACUCCCACGCCACCUACCACCCUCUCCACCCCAACCUCCAGGCCCACCUGGGCCAGCUGUCCCCACCUCCCGAGCACCCUGGCUUUGACACCUUGGAUCAGCUAAGCCAGGUGGAACUUCUGGGGGACAUGGAUCGCAAUGAAUUUGACCAGUAUUUGAACACUCCCGGCCACCCUGACUCCGCUGCAGGGGUUGGAAGCCUCACUGGGCAUGCCCCGCUCUCCCAGGGGACUCCAACAGGCCCCACAGAGACCAGCCUCAUCUCUGUCCUGGCUGAUGCCACGGCCACAUAUUACAACAGCUACAGUGUGUCGUAGAGGAACGGAGCCUGACCCAGCCCUGCCAUCCCCUCCUCCCUCUGAAGCACUGAGCUGAGCAGAAACUGUAGCAUUGACACUCCUUGGUGGCAGGAGGUCAAAUCUGUUGUUUCAGAGCCUUCAGUCAAAAGUCAGGAUCCAGCGCCCCUUCUGUCCCUUCAAAUGUGUUUUGUUGGCUUCACCCUGGAAGCACGCACAGCCUUGGGAGCUGUGUGCAGUAGGAUUUCCUAGCCACUCUACACCAUUGGUGUAGCUGAUGGGGAGAAGCCCAGUGCAUUGGAGCUCCUGCUUUUGGUGUUGCUACUUCUGAUCUGUGGUGCUCCCAGUGAGAAGGACCCUGGGCUUGGGGUCCAUCUCAGUUCAGUCUCUCUUAACUGGCAAAACCCCAUUCUGGCUUGACUAGCCCUGACUGUUCUCUCUAUGGAUCUCCAAGUUCUACCCCUCUCAAGACCAAGGAAAGUGACUGACUGCCCAAGGACCCAGGUUUUCUGCUUUCCUAUAACCCCGUCCACAGCCACCCUAGAAUUCCAAAGGAACUCCUUCAGUUGAGAAAAAUAUUCACCUUUGGGCUGGCAAGAUGGCGUGGGUGAAAGUGUCUGCUGCCAAGCUUGAUGACCUAAGUUCUAUCCCUGGAACCUACAUGGUGGAAGAAGAGAACUGACAAGUUUUAUUUUGGCCUCCAAAUGCACGUGUGCCCCUGCAUUAUAUGUAUGCGUGAGCAUGCUCACACACACACACACACACACAUAUACACAUACACACACACACACAGACAAUGUAAUUUUUUAAAAGGAAAACAUGUACCCUGGUUCAGGAAAUUAAUUAGUAUGUUCAAUUGCAUCACUGAAAACAAAAUCAGAUUUGAACUUAUUUGUUUUGUUUUGUUCUGAGUCAGGGUUUCUCUGUGUAGCCUUGGCUAUUCUGGAACUCACUGUGUAGAUCAGGCUGGCCUCAAACUCAAAGUUAAGCCUGUCUCUGCCUCCUGAGUGCUGGAAUUAAAGGUGAGUGCCACCAUGCCCAGCCUGGAUUUUUCUUAAAUAUAUACUUUAGAUACAUUAUUUUUGUUACAUAUGUCUCAGGAGACUGCAGUCUGAGAAAUGCCCUUAAGCAGGUAUGCCCAUCCCCAAACCUGUGCCCCAAGGUGUGUAGCUUGAUUUAGAUUCUUCUCAACCAUAGCAAUGUCUCAUUACCUCCCUGCAGAAUGAACCAAAGAGCUAGGAACCUAAAUAGUCUGUUCAGAAAGCAGCAGCUUUAGGGCGUGCCGAUUUCUCAAGCAAAGCUGCAGCAUACCCUUAUGUACAGAUGCAAACGACUCCCUUCUGAUGUGAGUCUGCUGCCCCUUGCUCCACGAGGGCUUUUGUCUCUUCUCUGUUACUCCCCCUCCAAACUGGCCCCUAAUUCAAAGGGCCCCUUACUUGGAAUCCCCCCAGGCAUGAUCCCCCUGGCCGCGAAGGGAACUUGAUUCUUGUUUCUCAAGUGGAUACAUCAGAACAAUUCACCUAUUCCACUGUCCUUUGGCUGUCCCAAACAGACACACUGUGACACCCAAAGAUGUUUCUGAGCUUUGGUCCCACCCCAGACAUUUCCAUGCCCUAAGCCCCCUUUGAAGGAACAUACAUAUCUAACACUGAGCUAACAGACUCUUGUCUGCCCUUGGACACAUGUGUAUUAUUGCCUUUAUGAAAUGUGUUUUUAUAUUCUGCCAUUAUGUCCACCUUAUAUUUUGUAUUGUUGACAGAUCCCAAGAAGUCAUAUUAUAAUAUCACUUAUAAGAUAUACUUAAUCUUUAUGCUAUUACUGUAUAUACCAUUUGGUGAUAACUAGUGAAUUGUUGAUGAUCUAGUUGACUGGUUCAUGUCUCAGAUGGAUAUUAAUAAUCUUGUGAAACAGUAUCACAGGCAUUAAGCUACUCUGUUCCAUCUUUUUUCAAGAAAACUGAAUAUGCAUGGAACAGUUAUGAAAUUGAUUUGUCAAAUGUUUAAUUUAAAUAAAUUUUUUUGUACCUUCA